AAUUAAUGCAGGAAUGUUGACCGAGGGGUGGAAGCCAGAAGCUGGUUUCGUAAGGAACAGACGGUUUGUGACUCCGCCGAGGGUGACCGGCUCCUGCCCUGUCUCCGUGCGCCCUGAAGUGCCCUGGUGUGGACUCUGCCACAGGCAGAAAAUAAACAUAAACAGGACCAGUACAAGCCUGAGAGAGGAAAAGAAGUCCAGUCCGGGGCAGUGUUGGAGAUUUUCAGGUUGGGACCAUGUUUCUCUGCACCCUCUGCUUGCUGGCAGCCGCCUCCGGCUCGGCCGCCUCCCCGUCCCUCUGCUCCCGCCACGGGACUUACCUGUCCUGCGUGAAGCGGAGCCUGCGGCGGCCGCCGGCCCUGCCCGCGGGCGUGGAGCACCUCAACCUCAACUGGAAUAACAUCAGCCGGCUGGACAAGACCUCCUUCUCCUGGACGGGCGAGCUCCGGGUGCUGACGGUAGGACUACAGGACAGUCAAUGGAUCUCGGUGGGAGCCAAUGCCUUCGGGAACCUGCCCAACUUGACCUUCCUGGACCUGGGGGGCAACUCCCACCUGGAGUUGGACCUGGAGGCGUUCGCCGGCUUGGGGCGGCUCCAGAGCCUGUGGCUGGACUACAACGGCCUGGGGGACUCGGUGCUCCAGCGGGGGUACUUCAGAGACCUGCGCUCACUGCACACCCUGGUCCUCCAGGGCAACCAGCUGCAGUACCUCAGGCCGGACCCCACCUUCUCCGGGCUUCGGCCGCUUCAGUACCUUGACUUCAGCUUUAACCAGCUGCGGGAGAUUUGCCGGGGAGACCUCGCCCACAUCCAGCACCGGGUUUUCCGCACGUUUAACGUCUCCCGCAACCGUCUGCUGUACGCCGACCAAUCCUUCGACUGGGCGAGGUGCGGGAACCCCUUCCACGACAUCUUGCUGUACACUCUGGACAUCUCCGGGACCUCGCUGGGCGUCCGGCAGCUGCAGAAGAUGUUCCUCGCCCUGACGGGGACCCUGAUCGUCGAGCUGAGAAUGGGACACCUGCCUAUCGGCGCGUCCUUCGGCUACGACAACCUGCCCGACCCCGACAACCAGACGUUUGCCGGCCUGGCCGACAGCUCGGUCACCAUCCUGCAACUCACCAACACCUUCCUCUUCUCCCUGCAGCCCCGCGUCUUCGCGCACCUCCCCGCCCUCAAGAUCCUCACCCUCUCUUCCAACCGCAUCAACCUCAUCCACAGAGGCGCCUUCUCCGGCCUGGGAGCCCUGGUGCAGCUGAACCUGUCCCACAACCUGCUGGGCGAGAUCUACUCGUGGACCUUCAGGGGUCUGGAGAACGUGUCCCACAUCGAUCUCCAGCACAACCACAUCGGGAUCAUCCAGAUGGACUCCUUCCGCGGCCUAACGCAGCUGGUGACCUUGAACCUGCGGGAGAACUCACUCCCCAAACUCCCCGGCUCCCGGCCGCUGCCCGGCCUGCGGUACCUCCUCCUGGGACACAACCGGCUGGGCUCGGUCUACGGGCUGCAGGCGGCGCCCGGCAGCGUCUUCCUCGAUUUCUCCAACAACGUCCUGGUGGACCUGCAGGUCUUCUACGAGAUCAUGAAGCUGCCCGCCGUGACCUACCUUCUGCUGAGGGACAACCGCGUGUCCAGGUGCCAAGUGCCCCCGGGCGCCACCGUCCCCACAGGCAACCGGCUUCUGCACCUCGACCUCUCCGGCAACUUCCUCCAAGUGAUGUGGGCGGCGGGUCAGUGCCAGGACUUGUUCCACAACCUCUCCAACCUGACCGAGCUCCUCCUCCAGGGCAACUACUUGACCCAGCUGCCCCGGGGAGUGUUCGGGGGCCUGGUCUCCCUGAAGAGGCUCAACCUGUCCCUGAACUCGCUGAGCCAGCUCAGCCGCGACCUCUUCCCCGGCAGCCUGGAGAUCCUGGACCUGUCCAACAACCGGCUGGUCUCGCCCGACCCGGACACCUUCAGCUCCGUCCGGCGCCUGGACCUGAGGUUCAACCAGUAUAUCUGCGACUGCGGCCUCAACCGCUUCCUCCGCUGGUUCAACCGCACCCAGGCGGACUUGGUGGGACCCCGGACCCAGCUGAGGUGCGCCUUCCCGGAGGGGCUCAGGGGCGUUGCCCUCGUCUCCCUGUCGCCGGGCUGCGGGCUGGAGGACACGCAGUUCGCCCUGUCUGUGGCCCUGACCACGCUCCUGCUGACCCUCCUCGCCUCCGUCCUCCUCUACGUUCGCUGCCGCACCUUGCUUCUCCUGCACUGCCGGGCGCUGGCCAGGACCGUCCUGAGCGGGGCCGAGGCGGAGCCGACCCGGGCGGGCUACAGGUUCGAUGCCUACCUCUGCUUCAGCGGCCGGGACCUGCAGUGGGUGAUGGACACCCUGCUCUCCAACCUGGAGAAGAAGCGGCUGCAACUGUGCGUGGGGGAGCGCGACUUCACCCCCGGCGAGGACCAUCUCACCAACAUACGGGACGCCAUCUGGGGCAGUCGGAAGACGGUGUGCGUGGUCAGCAGGCGCUUUCUGGAGGACGGCUGGUGCCUGGAGGCCUUCAACAUCGCCCAGAGCCGGCUCUACCAUGAGCUAAAGGACGUGGUGGUGGUGCUGGUGGUCGGCUCCCUGCGGGACUACCAGCUCCGGAGGUACCGGCCCCUGAGGUCCUACCUACAGAGCAGGGAGUACUUGCGCUGGCCGGCCGAGCCCCGGGACCAGCGCUGGCUCCUGGAGAGGUUGGCCGACAAGAUCCGGCAGGACCCGGAGCGGAGAGCGGUCGGGCCCCGGAGGAAGGGCUUCCUGGGUCUCCUCUCCCGGAGGAAGCCGGCGGGAGAUCUCAGGUUACAGCGGGUGGCCACCGUCUCCAGCUGAACCCAGGGCAGUAGACACCAGGGUACCCUAUCAAACACCGUGGUAUCCCAUCAGAUACCACAGUAUCCCAGUAGAUACCACAAUAUUCCAUCAGAUACCACAGUAUCCCAGUAGAUACCACAAUAUCCCAUCAAAUACCGCAAUAUCUCGGCUGAACACUUCCUCUCCCCUGGCUGGGAUCCUGCCGUGCCUGGAUCCCAGCGCAGGGCUGCCUGCCCCCCCCCCCCCCCCCCCAACCGGGACCAUCGUCGGAGAACGUUCCUGGACCCAGCACAUUUCCCCAACUAGACAGCAGGCUGUUCGGCCCAAACAGCCCGUGCUAGAAGUUCUGCCCCAUCGCACCUUCCUCCGACCUCUCCCUCCAACGACAGAAACACUCAGCGGGUCAGGCAGCGUCUGUAGAGGGAGAGUCUCCCGUUCCCUCUCCUGCCCAGUUUCCCCCGAAACGCCCCCGUUCCACGCCCCCGGGUGCAGAGGUUCGCUCCGAAUUCCCCGCUGGGUUUCUGGGCUCCAGUCUUGUAUGGAUGACUCUUUCCAGCCCAUACAGACCUCCUCUCCGCUCUACCCCCCCCCCUCCGCCACCCCCCGUCUGUUUAAAGCCCCUAUCCCCUCCCCCCCCCCCGUCAGCUGUUCUCAGGAGAGAGCCCCCGUCAGAGAGCGGGAGGUCCCUCGGCUCUGAGAAGCUGCUCCCCGUGGACUUCUCACCUCAGCGCCAUCUCCCUGCCCUCUCCCCACACUGCUGGAGUCCCACAGUGUGGAAUGGAGUCAAGGACAGAACCUGCACAGCCUCCCCCCACUCCCCCCACUCCCCCUCUCCCCCUCCCCACUCCCCGUGAAGAGAUGUCUCCCUCGCGUCAGUCCUACAUGGUGUCUCCCUGCAUGGACCCUGUAGGGCAGAGAGAGACAGGGACAGAGUGUGAGAGAGGGAGGGAGAGGUGGGAAGGCAGGAGAGAGAAAGGCAAUGGGGGGGGGGGGACAGAAACAGAGACACAGGCCCUUCGUCACUACCGACCAUCAUCUACCUCUUCACUCUAAUCCUCACACUAAUCCAGUUUUUAACUCUCCCCACCAUUCAGCCACAGGCUGGGGCCAAUUAACCCACCGACCCCGCACGUCUCUGGGAUGCGGGAGGAAACCGGGGGUGGGGCGGGUGGGGAGACCGUGCAAACUCCACACAGCGCCGGAGGUCGGGAUCGAACCCGGGUCUCUGGGGCUGUGAGGGGGCGGCUCUGCCCACUGGGUCGUCCUAAGGAGUUGUCCUAAUGAGACAACUCAUUUUUCUAAACUCCGGAGAACACAGUCCCUGUCCACUCGAUCUCCCCUCAGGGGGCAAACCCACCAUCCCGAGAACCAGUCGGGGGAUUCCCUGCUCCACUCCCUCCGUGGCAAGUACUCCCUUUUCCUGAGAUGAGUAAACCACAACCGGGUGCUGUUUCACCAAGAUCCUGUCUGAUUGCAGCAAGGCUUCCCUACUUCUGGAGUCAUAUCCACUUGUAAAAAAAAGCCAAAAGACCAUUUGUUUUCCUAAUUGCUUGCUGCCCCUGAAAGAGAGAGGUGAAUGGGCAAAGGCAGUGUGGGGGGAAGGAGAGAGAGAGAGAGAGAGAGAGUGAGAACAAGUGAAAGGGAGGCGGAGACAGAACACUGGGGAGAUGACAGAGAGAGACAUGGGGACAGAGGAUAAAAUCGGGGUCAGAGAGAGUAAGCAAAAGGGGGUACAGAGAGAGAGAGGGAGAGCUGGGAGACAGGUGGACGUGGGGAGAGAGACCUCUGCCUCAUCCACUCACAGUCACAACGACCCACAGAAAUGGCACCACUCGUCCCUCAGCUAAAUCAUUGACACAGUUAGUGAGCCGCUGGGCCCAAACACUGAUCUCUGGGGUAUCCCAGCAGGCAACACGGUAUCCCAGUAGACACCAGGGUACCCUAUCAAACACCGUGGUAUCCCAUCAGAUGUCACAAUAUCCCAGUAGGUACCUCAAUUUCCCAUCAGAUGUCACAAUAUCCUAGUAGAUACCUCAAUAGCCCAUCAGAUACCACAAUAUCUCAGCAGACACUACAAUAUUCCAGCAGAUACCGCAAUAUUCCAGUAGAUACCGCGAUAUCCCAGCAGACACUACAAUAUCCCAGCAGACACCACAACAUCCCGGCAGACACCACCUACCACCCAUUCAUUCCCAUUCCCUGUUUACUUUCUGUGAACCAGCUCCCAGUAAAUACCAGUCCAUCCCACCGAAUUCCCUGUUCACCAGCCUCCUGUGUGGGACCUGUCCAACAUCCCCAAAACACCACCUGGCCUUAACCAGUCACAUCCUCACACCCCCAACAGACCAGCCGCACCUGGUUCCCCUUCAGGAGUCCGCACUGACUUUGCCCGGUCACACCAUCGCUUUCUAAGCGUCUUAACAUCACAUUUAUCACCGAUUCCAGCGUUUUCCCAACCACCGGUGUCAGGCGAACAGAUGCGAAUUCCCUGUUUUCACCUUCCCUCCUGGAACAGCCGGGGUCACGUUUCUAUCCUGCAAUCUGCAGGGACCUUCUCCAGAAGGUGCAGAACUCUGGGAGGCCCAUCCUCAACGCCAUAGCCACCCGAUGUAGAACAUCAGGUCCUUGGGACCUAUCAGCUAACGGGCUUUGUUUCUACAUCAUUUCCUCACCUACACUUUGUUCUGUGUUAUGUCUGGGAUUUUUGUUCUCUGUGUCCACCUCUGUGAAGGAAGACACAAAGGAAUCGUUUAACCAAGACACAAGAGACCGCGGAUGCUGGAAUCUGGAGCAAAUAAACGAACUGCAUUAUGAGGAUAGGUUGAGUGAGCUCGGGCUUUUCUCUUUGGAGAGGAGGAGGAUGAGAGGUGACUUGAUAGAGGUGUACAAGGUGAUAAGAGGCAUUGAUCGAGUGGACAGUCAGAGACUUUUUCCCCAGGGCAACAAUGGCUAACGUGAAGGGACAUAAUUUUAAGGUGACUGGAGGAAGGUAUAAGGGGGAUGUCAGGGGUAAGUUUUUUACACAGAGAGUGGUGGGUGCGAGGAACGCACUGCCGGCAGAAGUUGUGGGGACAGAUACAUUAGGGACAUUUAAGAGACUUUUAGAUAGCCACAUGAAUGAUAGAGAAAUGGGGGGUUAUGUGGGAGGGAAGGGUUAGAUAGAUCUUAGAGCCGGAUAAAAUGUCGGCACAACAUUGUGGGCCGAAGGGUCUGUACUGUGAUGUUCUAGUUCUAUGCUGGAGGAACUCAGCGGGUCGGGCAGCAUCUAUGGAGGGUAGAGGAACUGUCGACAGGUCUCCCCCUCCACCCCCUCCCCCCCCCCCCCCCCCCCCCCCCCCGCCACAGCUCAACCCCUCGACCCUCUGAGUUCUUCCAGGAGAUCGUUAACUGGUUGAAAGGUUUUGCUCUGCUUGGGGGAGGAACGGGUUCAUGUUAUUCCGGCCGUGUCCGGUUCUGUCCAAGGGGCCGAGAGACAGGAGGGACCAGGUCAGAGCAGGGUAAAAGCAGAGGGGGGGUGUGUGAGAGAGAGAGAGACGUCUGGCAGAAACCCAGCGGUGGGAACAUCAGAGGGGCAGCCGGCACUUCACAGGGGAAACAAUGGAAAAGUUUACACCUGCUGGAUAAAGGUAAAAUAAGAUGUGAAGUCUGAUGGAAAGUAUGGAGCUGGCAGAGGGCGGGCGGGAGACAGAUGCAGAGACGGGAACCGAUGAUUUAUCAGAGAUUAUCGGAAGGGGGUCACACCAUCUCAUCGUCCCCCUGUGGCUCUUUGCCGCGCUUCAUGUCCGUCGCUUUGUUGCUU